AUGGAUGCUAUUGACCCCGAUGAUAUGCUACGAUACAUGAGCAAGGAGCUAAAGGCUGCGCGUGAGAAAGUCAAGACACUCACCGAGCAAUUGGAGGAGGAACGACGCAAAACACGAGGGGGAGGUGGCGGAGAUGCUUCGGGCUCAACCAAACACGAGGAGAUUGAUGUACACGAACUGCGAGAGGAAAACGAGGCUCAGCAAAAACGUUUGGAGGUACUCGAGGAGGAAAACGCUCGUUUAUGGCAUCAUGUAGCUCGCUUCGAGUCCGGAGAAGAGGACAAGCCUAUCGCUCUAGAUAUCUCAUGUAGUGAUGAUAGACAUACGAGGUUACUCGAGCUUUACUAUAUGACAAAGGACCAACAUGAAGCCCAUUGUGCGAAACUCCUCGAGCGUGUGAAGUCUGAUAAAGAAAAGCGAGACGCUUCUCGUGAGGAGGCUCGCGUGGCGACGGAGGCAUUGGAAGCGGCGAAGGAAAGGGCGAAGGCGGCUGAAGAGAGGGCAGAUGCUACGUCAGCGAAUGUUAAGCAAGCGGAAGAGAUCGCCGAAACCCUGCGACAGAGGUGCAAGAAAGCACAGAGCGAUGCAAAGGCGUCGUUUGUCGAGAGUCAGGAGGCUAAGAAGAACAUGGAUACCAACUUAGUGCGUUUACGCAUACUCGAAGAGGCAGUCAAAGACCUUGAGAGGACCGUGGGAAGACCAAGUUUGACGCCAAAUCUCGUUCAGGAAACUGCGUGCAAUCAUGCGACGCUAGUGAACGAGUUCCUCGGAGGGCAAAUGAUCCACCCACUUCAUGAAAUCGAAAGCCUACAUCAACAACCCACUUACAACCUUCGGAAGACGGACAACAGACUCGGGUUCACGGUUCCCACAGAAAUAUGCAAACUACUUGAGACCAAACGACAGCGUGGAAACGGCUUAUGGUCUGUUGAAAGCCGGCAGGCUCGGGGAUUUGGCCAUCCUGAUCUAUCACGUCUGGCAUUUCUGGCGCCGUCGCACUACGUUGCUGCACGCGAGACUGAUGGAAACUAUGCAUAUCACCCCAAUAACCUCUGGGGAGAUUAUGAUGGGAGAAACCGGCAUAUCUUCUAUAAGCACGACCAAGAAUGGGCCUACCUUGGGCUUUAUCGCUCGGUCAUGCUCGUUGAGUUUCGGCUUAUCGACAUGACUCAAGUCCAUGGCAUGAAUACGAAGGGCCUCGGAGAGAAAGUGGUUACAACAAAGGACAUGGUGCCGCCGCUGGUCGUCAAACAUGCAAAUCAACUCUGGACCAGCGGUGCCAUUCGCGUUGUGUGCGCUACUUAUGAGAGAAUUGAGGAUGACGGUGGUAUGAGCGCAGCGCUGGAGCCCUUGAUAUUUCGCAAGACCGGUCUACCACUAGCGCCGUCAAGCCGUGCCGACUCGGCAUCGGCUAACGGCAAGCGCUCAUUCACCGGCCCACCCACCCCCAUCCCAAAACCAGGCCAAUCAUCUUCAGCUCCCCCCUCGACGAACAAGAACAACAAGCGCUCUCGCUCUGGCGGGUCCUCAUCUGGACCGAAGAACAAGAAGCAGAAGACGAAAGGCGGGCCCUGA